AUGAUGCCGAUCACGACCACACCAAACAAGCAUUCUUUCUAUACUCCUAAUGUUCCAGCGUCUGCGCCUGCCACGCCCGCAUAUACCCGAUCCGCCAAGUCCAAUACCGACGGACCUCCUCCAGUAACCCCUCAACGUAUUCCGCGCGCCCACAGACAUCAGCAUCACCUUCAAAAUUAUUUUUCGAACUCUCCAUCAACUCCUGCUAGUACUCUCUCGACACCUUACACACCUCUGAGCCUCCGCAAUGUAUGGUCGAACGACUCGUCGGCGCUGACGACACCUGUGUCCGUCGCGAGCUCAAAGCGGACCGGUUUGUCUGUAUCGCCUGAAUCUUCUGCGAAUGGCUUUGGAGGCGAUGCGGGCCGAGGGGAGAUAGCCAAUGACUGGCGUUCUCGCGCAGGUGAGAAUGGGAUCCGAGUCGCUUCGGUCAACGGGUCCAAGGACGAAGGUGCAUAUAUGCGUCUAAUUUUGGUCUCUUUGAACACACGCGCUGACCCUGCUUCUGAACCCCCUAUUCCCCGUCUGUCACAACGCCUUAUCCUCCUCUCGAUCGCUCAGAUGGUCACUCUUCUUCCACCUCCCUUUUUUAGUACACAGCGUCGACCUCGCUCGCAGACUCUGGCACAUCAGUCGCAAUUGCCUCUCUCACCACAAGUUCAGAGUCAACCGCAUACUCCCGGGCGCCGUACGUUAGCGGCUUUGAACACCCCUCCUCCCCUGGCAUCCAACGUCAAUCGACUCAAAGCAAAAGGAAGCUUGACUGAUCCAGCUUAUCCACGUCGCCGUCAACCGUUUGGACAGACACGCACCGAUCUCUUCGACAUCGACGAAAAUGAUCCUUACCCGACGAUGUUUUCACCAAUACAGCGUCUUGCGAUUCCUUUGGCACUGAAUGGCCCUUUUGACAGAAAUGGAUUUGACGACAUGACUUUCCCGCGAAUUCCCGCACCUGCAUUAUACCCCUUCGAACGCCCAAAUGAUCCAUUAAAGACAGACGAUUCCUGUUCUGUAUGCGGACAGACUUCCUCGUCUUUGGCAGUCUUGGACCCCUGCUCCCACGUCUUGUGCUCUGCGUGCUUGACCAGCGCCCUGAACAUCGUCGGUGAGAAGGACAUGGAGUGCGCAGUUUGCAAGAUAGGGGUGGCAGCCUUCCAUUUGCGAAGCUCUGGCGCGAAAGGAGCUUCCCCACCUAACACGGCACAUGGGGCGUCGCAGCACAGCAAUUUUGGGACCAAUGAUGCCGAUGGUCCAUUUGGUCAUUUCAACUUCUUUAAUGUCCCGGAGACAGCCAGCCCCCAUGGCUUCGGUGGAGUACGACAUACACCGGCAAGGCCAGGGGAACUACCUGUCCUGCGAAUCGACAACGUUCCUUGGGACAUCACUCCUCCUGCCAUUGUCGCGUGGUUGAGGCACCCCGUUCGCCGGGUUCAUGUUCUACUUGACCGCAAGGGAAAGACAUUCAGUCACGCCUUUGUGGAAAUGGUCGAUGAAGAAGCGGCGAGGCAGGCUCUUAGAACGGCUCAAAACUCGGUCCUGGGGAAAGGCAAAAGAGCCCGAGGUGUCACUGUUACCCGAAGCGGACAGGAGGAGUUGAUGAAGGCCUUAUUCCCUUCCUGGCAGGGACGCUUUGAUGGCGUUCACCCCUCUCUCGCCGGCCUGAGCAACGAACAGAUCUAUGCUGUUUUGGAGAAUGGCUUGAUUUCCGACUCUGAGUUGAAGGCGCUACUCCAUUUGAUCCAAUCACCUGACUCUCAUUUCCUCAAAGUACCGUCUCUCCCUUUCCACUCACUCAUUAGCAUUCUGUCGAAAUUUCCCGCCAAUCAAGAUGGUCGGAUCUAUUCCGGGUCGUCCAAGGAAAUUCUGUUCGAAAUCACUAUCACCGCACUUCAAAUUCUCAUUUUGCGCAACACAGACGAAUCCACUGCGUGCGAUCCCGGAUUACUUGCGCAGCUAUCCCAAGCGGCUGUGGCAUGCCAAGCCUUUUCAAGGGAACAAAUCGCGAACCUUGCGAGCCUUGCGAACACCUCUCAACACCUCCUUCUCCCUCGUAGCCCCGCGUCAUCCAUCAGUGCUCUCAGCUCUCACACGCCAGACCAUUUAUCUCAGCGACACCCAAACAUUUCUCGCGCCUCUGUCCAAGCUCAAUCCAAUCAGGCUCUUCAGCGUGGGCCUUUCGACGUGCUGGCCAGGGAGUUCGGCGUUGACUCCCACCUCUCCACGAAAAACGCUUCCAUGUCCAUAUUGCAACCUUCUCUUGAUCAAGGCUCACCCUCAAAAGCUUUUUUUUCUCUGUCAGUCUGGACUCUUUUUAAAUAUAGAUCACCGUCACUGCUAGCACUGUCGUGUUUUAUGCUCUCGCUAUUAUCGUCAUCGCUUUCAAUUAUGCUGUUGUUUUCGUGCUUGUUGGGUUUCAUAGGGCGUUUUGGGGGGUGCUUCUGUGUUCUUCUGCUGUAACGUCGAGCGUAUCGUGUAUCGUACCAGCUAGUUUGCUAUCGCAAACACUUGUCAAUAGGAGUCCAUACCAUGGUCAGGACGGUGUCCUUGGCCGUUCUCCUG